GUGUGUUCAUUCAACCUUAGAUCCUUUCUCUCUCAUGUCAUUCUUAGAUGUGGACAGCUCCUGCAUCACAAUUUGGUGAUAACUAUAAAAUUUCUUGAAUAUAGCAUUUGAUUUUGGUUUGAUGCAACAGAAACCAUUCAAAGGAAGAGAUUGUUGAGAAGAUAUACGAAGAGGGUGCCAUUUAUGUGUGUGUUGUAGUGGCUGUUUGAUGGAGAAUUGGCAAUCAAUUUAUGUUUCAGUAUUUGAUGGAAUCUAGAAUGUGAAGGGUUAUUAUCCAUGAUAGUUCUCAGUUAUGGGGUUCAUAAACAUAGAGAAGAAAUGGAUAUAUCCUUUCAUCGUGUGUUCUGCUGUGGGCAUGCUCUUUCUAGUAACAUCCUUCAACAUGGGUCUUGUCUCCUCAAUUCACUCCAUCAAUUCCCUAUUUUUCUUUCUCCCAUCUCAUUUGCGCACAAACCAAUCUGCCUCCGUUUUCGUUGAGAAGAAGGCUUCUCCUGCGCCGGCGCCGGCUAAGGCUAAGCCUUCAAUUCCUCGCUUUGCUUACUUGAUUUCCGGCUCCAAAGGUGACUUGGAAAAGCUUUGGAGGACCCUUCAUGCACUUUACCAUCCUUUAAACCAUUAUGUUGUUCAUAUGGACCUGGAGGCGCCGCUUGAGGAAAGGAUGGAGAUUGCACAUAGAAUUGAGAGACAACAUGUCUUUGCCGAGGUUGGAAAUGUUUAUGUAAUCACAAAGGCUAACAUGGUCACUUACCGAGGGCCAACGAUGGUUGCUAAUACUCUUCAUGCUUGUGCCAUUCUGCUCAAGAGAAGUAAAGACUGGGACUGGUUUAUUAACCUUAGUGCUUCAGACUAUCCUCUUGUGACUCAGGAUGAUCUGAUAUAUACCUUUGCAGAUUUAGAUAGAAACCUUAACUUCAUUGAGCACACAAGUCGGUUAGGGUGGAAGUUUGAUAAACGAGCAAUGCCUUUAAUUGUAGACCCCGGGCUUUAUUUGUCAACCAAAUCUGAUGUAUAUUGGGUCAAUCCUAAGAGAGCUCUGCCAACAGCAUUUAAACUAUUCACUGGUUCUGCAUGGAUGGUUUUAUCACAUGACUUUGUUGAAUAUAUUGUUUGGGGAUGGGAUAAUCUGCCAAGGACCCUUCUCAUGUACUACACAAAUUUUCUGUCUUCCCCUGAAGGCUACUUUCAAACUGUUGCAUGCAAUGUGCCAGAGUUAGCCAAAACCCUUGUCAACACUGACUUGCAUUAUAUUGCAUGGGACAACCCUCCUAAGCAGCACCCUCAUGUCCUUAACAUCAAUGACACAGACAAAAUGGUUGAAAGUGGUGCUGCCUUUGCAAGAAAGUUUCAACAAGAUGAUGCAGCCUUGGAUUUUCUUGAUAAAAAAAUCCUCAGAAGGAGAAAUGGACUAUUCCCGUUAGGUGGUUGGUGCACUGGCAAACCAAAAUGUUCCGAGAUUGGAAACAUUUAUAAACUCAAACCUGGUCCAGGAGCUCAAAGGCUUCAUCGCCUCGUUGCCAGCUUAACGUUGAAGGCUAAAUCUGGUGAGGAUCAGUGUACAUAGGUCCUGUUGUUGGGAAGUUUUGUGGUUGGAGAUGGAAGAGUUGGAUAGAUGAAGGUUGUUUUUAUAACCAGAUACAUUGGUAUUCCAGCACCAGACAAAUUUUUGAGGUUAGAAUGCAAUUGCACUUCAUUCAUAAUACAGAAAACCAAUCCUAGAUAUCUGUUAACUUAGCCGUAGUUAGUUGCCUCUAUGUGAAGUACCAAAGAUGGCAUGAGGGUCAUGUUUCUUUUUGUAGGUUCUUUUCAUGUAGAGGUAACACAAUUUUUUAGCAGCAUCUUAAUGUCCCGGAAUUUUAUCAGUUUUGUUUAUGUUUUUUAACAGAAGUUGGACAAUUAAAUUUUAGGCUCAAUCAGCCAAAAUUUCUGCUAGAUAUUUAUUUGUCAUGAUCAAUAUUUCAGUGGAGUAUACAUAUCUGGAUUCGUAUAUUUGUUAGUUUUCUCUAGCUUAGUGGUAAUGGUUGUCCAUGAUGAACAAUCUAGUGAAUCACAACCGAGAGAUUCUCCUUUAGAAGCAUUCAAGCUUCCUUCGAUUGACAACAAAGAAAUAUGUUGACUAA